AAUGAACUGGAAGAGGUGACAGAAAAACUGUCAAGAGAUGGUGGCCCAACAGUACCUUGUGACACCUCUGUCAGACAAUUGCCACAACCCUGCUAGCACAAUGGCAGUGGUACAAGUUUGUCAGGGCUAUAAGCAGGGGGCUCCUGCUGACUGAGAUUCUUCCAGGCUUGUGUAGGUCUUGAAAGAGAAGGCUUCCUGGCCUGGUAGGAAUGGAUCCACCAGAUGAUGUGGAAAAUGUGGAAAAAAUGAGCUGAACACCUAAUCCAUCACACCUGUGGGUCAAGGACUUCCACAGCUGCCACACCAAUCUGGCACCCCUCCUUGACUGGCCUCAUUUGGACUCUGAUGAAGAGAGGAUCUGAGAGUGAGAGUGUUCUCAAGAAGGAACAACAGUAAGCCCAGCCAUGAAUUCCUUCAAGAGUUUCAUGAACAAGGUUGGUGAGCGGGUGAGGGAGGCCGGGCCGCAGCUGCCGUCACAGUCAGCUGGCAAUGGGGAGGGGCCUGACGGGGGGCCGGGGGGUGCAGUGGAGGGUUUCCUGUGCCCCACCUGCUUCCUCAGCUUCCCCACGCCUGAGCUGCUGCAGGACCACUAUGAGGCAGAGCACAUUGAGCCUGCUGCCAACUACUUGUGUCCUGUGUGUAAGGCAAGACUCAACUCACAGCAGGAACUAGAGAAGCACUACAGCACCAUCCACAGCAUGAAAGACACAAGUGGCCACAGCCUGGAGGCACUGCGGGAGGAGCUGACAGAACUCUCCACCAACCUGCGGGAGGAGCGGUGGUACUCAGAGGAGCUCAAGAAGGAGGUGGAGCGGCUGCAGGAUGCCUUUAAGAAGAAGGAUGGGGGAGAAGACAACUUUGUGCAUAAAUCUCAGCUAGAGGCCGUGGAGGAGUCCAAGAAACUGCUCACCUCAGAGGUCGUGCUGCUCAGGAAACAGCUUGCUGAGUCCAUCGAGGCCAACGGCAGCUUGCGGCAGGAGAAGGACGUCCUGGAGACACGUGCCUCAGAGUUUGCUGUGGAGAGAGCUGAGCUGCGGGCCACCCUGGACACUCUGCAGGCCGAGAAGGUUGGGCUUGAGUCGGAGUUGCACGAGAUCAGGUCAACUAGGACUAACCAGGAGAAUCAGGACCAAUCAGAGAGUCACCACCUACAGCAGGAGGUGAGCCGGCUACAAGACCAGCUGGCUAGCAAAGAGAAGGAGAGCACCUCUAUCCUCAUAAUGGAGGACAGGUUUCGGCAGGACCUCCAGGGGCUGCGGGAGAAGCUGAUCGAGAGGGAGAUUGAGGCCAGCAGCUUCCAGGCACGGGAGACGACCCUGCACAGCGACCUCAAGGCUAAGUCCGAGCUGGCGGCCUCACUCAAGGAAGAGAUCCGCAACCUGAAGGAUGAGGUUGACAUCAUGAAAAAGAAACUGCAGGGCAAAGAUGAGGAAAUGUUGCAGAUCCAGAGUCACUUGGAGGACCGGGAGGCAGCUCUGUCAGGAACCACUCAACAGACAGAGGAGCUGAAGGCCAAGUGUGCAAACUACAUGGAAAGCAUUCAGGCCAUGGAGGAACAGGUGUCUGAGCUGAGUCUCAAAUACACGGCCACACAGUCAGAGCUGGAGGUGCUGAAGGAACAGGUGCCCUCGCUGCAGACCAAGCUGAAGGAUGCAGAUGAUCACAAGAACCAACUGACCAGAGAGUUGAGGGAGAAGGCUGGUGAAUUGGAGAGUUUGCAUGAGAAGAUCAACGAUGCCUCAAAGGAGGAGAGUGAGGUGCUACAGAAGAAGAGUGAACAAGUGGAGGAGCUGAGGAAGAGCUUGAGGGAAGCGGAGCAUGCCAGGAGCACGGCAGAGAGUGCCCUUGCUUUGAAGAAUGAAACCAUUGAGCAGCUGAACAACAAACUCACCAACAGUGGCAACUCUCUUAAAGACCUUACCUCCAAGACUGCCUCCUUGGAAUCUGCCCUGAGGGAACGGGAAAAGACUGUGGAGAGCCUGAAGCAGCAACUCAAGGAGAUUGACAACCUUAAAGCGGACCUUGUUCGGGAGAAGGCCCUGGUGAAGGACAGGGACACAGAGAUUCACAACCUUAAGGGCAAGGUGUCUGAGUUGGAAGCCAAGAAGGGUGAUGUUGAAAACACACUGCAGGAUACCAGGGAAAGUCUGGGCAGUGUCAGGACGUCCCAUGAAGCGCUGAAGACUGAGUUGGAGGCAAUGAAGGACUCCCUCAAGAGGAAGUCCCACAGCAAUGAAGAACUGCAAACCAAGCUCAAGCUGGAGACUAGUGAAAAGGAGAGUCUGAAGGGAAAGCUCUCUGCCUUACUCCUGGAAGAGCAGAGUGCAAAGGAAGAAGUGAAAAAGUUGCAGUCCCAGAACACCACCAUGGAAACGGAACUCAAAGCCAACCAAGCCAAGAAUGCCAGUUAUGACACAGAGCUGAAACGUCUUGCUGCAGAGAAGAGCCAGCUGCAGGAGAGUGUGAGUGCCCUGGAGGCUGCCAAGACCCAGUUGGAGGCCACCACUAAGGAGCAUGAGGCCAGGAGUUCUGAGGAGGUGGCAGCGCUGAAGGGGAAGUGUGAGGCGAUGGAAAAGGAGCAGGAGGACUUGGCAGUACAGGUGGCUUCCCUCAUCUCAGAGAAGGAGGCCAUUGUGAAGUCCAAGGAGUUGAUGGCACAUGAACUCAAGACUGCUAAGGGAGACUUGCAGGAAUUGAAAGUGAGGUGCAAGGAAUUGGAAGGACAGGUAGAUGACUUCAUGCAGGACACCUUCACCCUCACCCAGGAGAAGGCCAAGCUGGAGGAGGAAGUAAAGGGGCUCCAGGACAAGGUGAAUGAUGAGGUGUCCAUGAGGGAGGCUCUGGCAGGGCAACAUGCGGCACAGCUGGCCAUGGAGCAGCAGAGUCGAGAUGAGGCUCAAUCACAACUACAGAGCCUGCAGGAGACUGUCACCAAGACCCACAAGCAACACGACCAACUCACCAAGACACAGCAGGAAAAGAUUUGUGACUUGACAAGGCAGCUUGAGAUUCAGCAGGAGAAGGUUGGGGAAACUGAGGGGCGAAUAGCAUCUCUAGAAGCAGAGGUGGCAGGGCUGGCUGGAGAUAAGCUGGAGCUGGAGGUGCGGGUGGAGGCAGCAGCUGAGGAGCAGCACAGCCUAGUAGAACGCUGUGUGGCUGCUGAGUCUGAGGUAGAGCGGCUGCAGGGACAACUGACACAGCUGAGGCGAAAGCUGGACGACUCCACAGCGGCCUUACAUGAGCUGGGCCGAGAGAAUCAAAACUUGCAGAUGGAGACAAUGAAGUUAGCUGGACGCAAGUGGGCUGAUGACUCUGAGGUGCUGAGCUGUAAUACAUGUGCCAAAGCGUUCUCCGUGACAGUGAGGCGCCACCACUGCCGGAACUGUGGACAGAUAUUCUGCCAUGACUGCUCCAGCAAGCAGGCGCCACUGGAGGCCAACAAGAAGUCCGUCAGGGUCUGUGAUAGCUGCUACAAUGAGCUGACGGCCAAGUUGUAGAGUCUGCUGUAUAUACGUAUGUCAGUUCCCCUUUUUGUUGAGUGUUAGUGUUAUCGGAUUGUGUUAUGAGUGGUGGAAACAACAAUAGCUCUUACGUCUAGAUUAUACAAGAGGUUAGUAAUUUUUUUAUCUGCUGAUUUUUAUAAUUUACUGUAAGAAUUAGAUAGUUCAACAGGGACACAAGGGAUGAAACUUACACACAUUUCUAAGAUUCUGUGGUUGAAAUUUACCAUACAGUCAUUAACACUUCAGGUUUAUAUCCAGAAGCCAUGGGGUGUUGAAGGUUCCUCUCCCUGGACUGUUCUCGUGGCGCCUCUAAUCCUUUGCAGCAGAUCUGACUCCAUCUUGUUGUAACGUGUUGUAAUUCUGUUCUGUAUUUGUCACAAGUCUUAAGUCAGUCAUGAUAAUGGGCAUCUCACAAAUUGCUUUACAAGGGUGUGAGUUCGCUGGUCCUGGAAUGAAGUGAUGACAUUUCUGUCACAGAGCCACACAGCAUGCUGCAUACCACUACUGGAAUUUUUAGUGCAUUGUGCAGGUGAAGAGUGAUUUACAGAAGAGAUACAUUCCUUAAAAUUCAUUCAUAAAUUGAGUUCAGCUAUAAAUUUUUAAUUCUUUUAAAUUUUAUGCACAUUUCACAAUAUAUUUUAGAUGAUUUUCAUUAAAUAAUUAUUCAUAAAUACAAAUUCUGCAUUUGUAAAUUUGGCCAGGAAAUGGAAUUAUUUUAGAAACUUUAAUAUUUGGAGUUAAAACGUGGUAAAUCGUGACUCACCCGUACAUGACAUUCAGCUCCCUUUACUUGAUAAACUUGUCUAUGAAGGAGCUUAUGGCAGCCUCACUUCACUGCAGAGCUUCCUAUUGCUGGCCUGAACUCCCUUCCAUUGUACUGUGUUGGUGCCAGUGAAAUAUGAACUCCAACAUAAUUCUUUAUUGCAAAAAUAUGCUUUUCCUAUAUACACUGAUUCACAAAAAGGAGUUCUUAUUUGUAUGGUGACUGAGUGUCCAAGUGAGGGAAUAUUAUGUUCAUAGAAAUUAAUGUAUUAAAUAAUUGUGCGUCAUUACUAUUUUUGGGGGGUGAAUAACUUGAUGAAAUUUUGUCGCUUUAUCAUCAGCUUUGUUGUCAGCAAUGUCUGCCACCUGGUUUGUUUCACUUGGUCACUCAGGUUUACAAAGCUAGUUUAACCUGUAAAACUGCCACUAAUCUUGCCAGUGCUAAUUUAAUGCCUCAAUUAUACAACAGUUCUUCUUCAUUUCUCCAAUCUACCACAUAACUGUUUGGUGAGGUUAUUCUUUUGCCAGCCUUCUUUUUUUUUUUUUUUUCAUUUUUAUCACACACACAAAGUUUUCUGUGCAAGAAUGUGGAAGGCUCUCCCUGAAAUAUUCAGACAAUAAGCCAUAGCACAUUUCUUAACAAUUAAUUAUAACACCUUAAGGGCACAAUGUGUGUGCACUUCCUUCCAAUCUUCAGUGUGUGGAAUUUUGUUAUUAGGUGAGGCUGGUCAAGGGAGGCAAUCAGUGAGGAAAGACUGAUGUGCUGAUUAACCAUGAAGUCAGCACUCAACAUCUUGUCAUCGGGAGUGACAAAAACAGGACUUAUGGUUUUCUUUGGGUCUUUCUCUUUCUUUUCUAAAGCUAAAACUAAGACAAACACUACAUUAGAAAUGUACAAUCAUCUAUAAUCUUAAAGUAGUACGUAAAAUUACCAUCAAAAUUAAAUAACAGUGACUACAAAGGUUUUGGAUGUUAAACUCAACACCAGUGUUAACUGAAGAUCUGCAUCACUCCCUCACGUUCCAAACAGUGUGUGUGUUGAGUCAUUGUCUACAAGUGUAAUAUCAUGCCCUGCAUAAUGCUCACUUGGGAUACAUCAGUGGUUUCUGAAUCAAAUACAAUUGAAAUUUAAUGUUAAGCUUGAGCCAUUUAAUGAUAUUCACACUUUGCAAGACCUUUCUGUCUCUCUUUGCUAACUAAUCCUGCACAUUCCACAUGUAUGCUGCAGUCUCAUUUUUAUAUCACAUAAGCAAACUUCAGCUUUUGUACAUAAACAUAAUAAACAACAAUGGCAACAGUUAUGGCAUAGGGAGUAUUGAAGUAUUGCAAAUGGAAUGGUUCAUCACGCCUGGCUCACUCCAUACAUUCAUGCUCGUCAAGCCCACAAGAUCAAUAAUUAAAUUUAGAAAUGACAUCUCUGUACACCAGCAUGUUUCCAAGGCUUUGUCAUCCUACUUUACAACUGCACCACACACGGCUACUUGGAUCAUGAGCUGCAGAAUCCCAAGUAGCUUACAGCAACAGCAAGUCCAUGACCUGCUGGAUGAUUUUGAGUGCUGGUACUACAGGUGCUGAGAGAAAACACUUAAAAAAAUUGACAUCAACCUAUCAUUACCAAACACUUUCUGCUACGUGUCAGUUGCCGGUGUGAUGUCAUGUCCACUUAUUAAUCUAACAGUUCCCCUUGGUGAUAAGACAGACUGUGGUCAAUUGGUUCUGACUGACUAGACCCCAACCCUUCCCUUAUAUAAUUUGUUUGCCCAACCCACCUCAGUCUACAAGAUACUACAAGACAGACAAAGGGACUACAGAGGACAUUCACUGUACUGGAAUGGAUGCAUUGUCAGAUCGUCACGAGUUGCCAGGGUUCUGUGACUUGCCUCCACCACUCCAUCAACAAGGGACGGGAUGUGGCGCUGCAAGUUGCUGGAACACAAAAAGUCAACACUGCAAUGCCUUUCACAUAAUUAGUAUACUAUUGAUUUUUUGUUAGUCAGUGUACAAGGAAUCCUCAAGUUAUGACAGAGUUCUGUUCCUACACCAUAUUGUAAAAAAAGCAUGGAUGGCAGAGUAAAUAAAGGAUAAUGAAAUAAAUCAGUAAGAAAAAAAAAUCUGCAAAUAGGAAUGUACAGGGACAAGCACUGCCAGCAUUGUAACUAUGAAAUGAUAUAAAUUAAACCAUCAUAAAUUGAGGACUCCCUGUACAUGGGAAGUGACAGUGAAGUCUCUGUGAUCAUCUGGCAGCAAAGUGAGAUGGUGCAUAAGGCACUGAGGAAGGAAGUCUGUUAAUGCUGAUAUGUAUAAAAUGAAUACUUGUGGGUGUAACACAUGCAUACUUCACAUCACCCACAGCUGAUGAAACUAAAACAGAAGCUUAACAAUGUUCCAGAUGUAAUGAAGAGGAUGCUACUCCACAUAUUUAUCCUUCAUAUCAUGUUUUCAGUCCUGAGCAGAGCUGUGUGCAGUAUAUUUUUUAAUUCCUUGUGCUAUGCCUGCCACUGCCGCUUGUGUUGACAAAGUGUUGCUCUUCUGCCUGCCAUGUGUAUAUAAUAUUGCUUUAUAUCUUCAAGCAAGUUCUUUUUUGCUUGACUGUAACUCUGGCUUUAAAUAAUAUUACUUGUAUAUACAGCAUUACCUCAACUUUUUCUAACGAGCUAAUUGGGUCAAUUACAGUAACACUAAGUCCACAUUGCCAGUGCUCCCAACAGCCACUGUGGAAUUUGGGGAGAAUUACAGCACGCAUACCAAGAUUACUAAGGAGGACAGACAGACCUCCCUCAUUACAGUAGCCUCAUCUUGUUAGUGUUUACCAAAGUUUAUCACUAAACUCACUAUUUAACAGUCAUCUCUCCCUCAAUAUUUACCUGAUUUGAUUGAAUGAGCAUUCAAUUUACUACCAAAAGCAGCCACCUAGCUUUCCCCAGUCUCCUGAUUCCCAGCAUAGUUUCUCAGCACUCCCUUGUAACAAUAGUGAAUGACACAAUCUCAUUGUUGCAGUGCAUUAAUCCAGUUUACAAUUUUGCUUCCUGACCUUGGUGACCACAUAGUGUCAUCCACAAUUCAUUCUUUUUCUCCUCCUCACCUCCCUCUCUUCAACCCUUUUACAAAUCUGAGGCUCAUGUGGUAAUGAACAGUUUUGUCUGAUCCUUACCUCUUAUCACCUUGUAUCCUCAAGAUAAGGAAAUUAAAAACUUGCCAAGCUCAUUAGUUUUUUGGUGGCUAAUGAUAUGAUCUCAUCAGCAGAGACAAUGAGGUAAUACUGUAAUGACUUUUCUAUGUAUAAGUAUUUUGUAAAUAUGUCAAAUGAGACCAAAUACAGCAUGUCACUAAUGUAUGAGGAAUAGCUAAUGCAGCAAGUUGAAAUUAUGUAUUACAGUUUAUUUUUUUAGCUCACUAUGAUGUGUUGUGAGGAAUAUUAUCAAAGUCUGAGGAGCAGAGGUGCCUCCUGCCAGGCAGAUGCAAGGGAACUGCUGCAUUGUUCCCUAACCUUCCUGAAAUAAACAUGAAACCGUGGCACAGGUUAAAUUCAAAGGAACAGGAUUUUGCAAAAAUGGGAUAAGAAAUUCCUGCAGAAUACAUGCAGAAUAUAAUAAUGCCAGAGUGAUCAGCUGAUUAAUCUGCCACACUUGUCUUCACUGUAUUCUGUUUUUCCUCAAUCCAAAAUUCUCUGAUCUACUCACCUUACAAAAUCUGAUGAUGCCUGACUGUAAGCAAAUCUAGGAACACCAAGGAAAUGAGUGUGGCACAGUGAUCAACUAGUGACCAUGAUUAAAUAAUAAGAAACCAAUGAUGUGAUACCUGUAAAUGAAGCUAACCACACCUGUAUGCUGGCCUUAACAGAAGCUCAUCUGCUCCACCUACCAGACUCACACUGCAAUACUGAAGGUAACUCGUUUGAAGAAGCUCCAUCUCUUACUCACUGCUUGUGUUGUUGCUUGACUUCAAGUCCAUAGCUAAUACUAAUACCAAAUAUUGUGCCCAAAAAAAUGUUAACUCAAAGCUGUGUGUGGGAUGUAUACAGUGUGCACUAAGCUGCAUUCAUUCAGAUUUACACUAAUGAGACAAAACAAAAAAACAAAAAAAAUAUUAUAAAAGCAACUCCCAUAAUGGAAGUUCUCAAGGUGCAGCUUUGGUGUUAAUUAAGUGCUUACAUUAUCAUCAAAGUUAUCAUUUAAAGAAAUGUUUCAAUUUGAUCCAAGAGGAAGGUUUUAGAAUCUUGCUUCCUUCUGCUAAGGUUUGUCUGCUCAUCUCAACUCUCAGAUGCUGGCCUUCCCCACCCACCACUAUCUUCUACCUUUGAAAUCCUGUCAUCCUCCUGUGCUGCAGCAUUUUGGUGCAUCACAAAAUGAAAUACAUAUGUUCAAAUUAGUAUGUAUCUGAAGGCAAAUAUUUUUCAUGCAAAUCCUUUUUUGUUAGUUAUUUUUGAUGAAUGAAUUAGAUAACUUUAUACUCAACUAUGAUUCAGUUAUCUUAUUAAAGCUGUUUUUUUAUAAGUAAAAGAUAUUAGUUUUUAUAGGCAAUUUUUACAGAAGGGCACUUUAUUACUUCUGUACAUUAAUUUCAGGUACCUUUACCUAUAUACCUUUCCUGAUAUUGAGAAAGUUUUGUGCUACAUAUAUUUUUCUGUGACUCCAUGCCAAGAACAAUGAUAAUGAUACUGUAAUUAGAAAGUGAAAGAGGGGACAAUCAUAUUGGUUUUAAUGUGAAAAUUUCAAAUGUGAUUUAAAAAUCUUUGUUAACCAUAAAUGGUAAAUAAAUUAUAAUUUAU